UAUAGAUGUGGGACGGGAGCGAUGGGAAGAUGGCGGCGGCUUUGGUCCAAAUGUCAUGUCUGUACCGGGGCAUGUUAGCGGUCAGGGCCACCGGCAUCAGGACGCUGAUCCCCGGCAUGGUCCCGGCACAGUUCCGAGCCUUCUCGGUUCGGAAGGAACCGGAACUGGAGGAAAACCCGUUCUACGGCAAAUACCAGGACAAGAUCCAGAAGCUGCGCAGCGCUAAACCCCAGGAGUUCAAGACCCGACUGGAGAAGAGACAUGAAAAUAAGAAGGACGUCCUUGCAGACUCCAAGCAGGCAGAGUUCAUCCGACUCAUGGAGCAGGAGUUGGAGAAAAGGGACAAGAUGGCCGCUGGCGAUGAAGCAUCAGGAGGUUUCACAAAGAACAAGACGUUGGGCUCCAUCCUGAACCUGGAGAUGAUCAAGGAGAAGACGGGGGAGGAGGUAGCAGAGCUGUGGAUGAAAUAUUAUGCGAGUAAAGACACGAUCAGCGCCGUCAUCCCGGCACAGAUCUAUGGGAUGAUUCUGAACAGAUCGAAGUCGUGUCCGAUGUUUCUUUACGCUUUGCCUCAGAAGGAGGGUUAUGAGUUCUUCGUGGGUCAGUGGUCCGGACACGAGCUCCACUUCACCUCCCUCAUCAACGUCCAGACGCUGGGUGAGAACGCCCCCAGUCAGCUGAUCCUCUACCACUACCCAGACCUGAAGGAGGAGAAGGGCAUCGUGCUCAUGACGGCGGAGAUGGACCCCAAGUUCAUCACCGUCCACCAGGCUCAGUGUUUGGCCAAUCAGGUGCAGCUGUUCUACGGCACGCAGAGGCAGGAGACGUUCCGAUUGGUGGAGACGUUUAACCACCAGCCCGCCGACUUCAGACACAUGUCGGUGAUAGCGGAGCUGGAGCAGAGCGGCCUGAGCUCGGCCGGAGCCUCCGGGGGUUCGUAGGACGGGCCGAACGUUUCCAGGAACUUUUAAGAAAAAAAAAAAGACAUUUAUUCCGCUUUCCACGUGGACUCAGCUGCUUCUACGCGGUUUUAGGAGAAAGAAGCUUCUCAUCAACUCUCAUGACUUUUCCUCGUCUCAUUAUUUGGAGGGAAAUAAUAUUCGUCAUGUUCAGUUCUGUAAAUCUCCAGAAAGACUUUGUUAGCGCUGUAGCUAACGCCCCCCCCCCCCCCCCCCAACCCAUAAAUAUGUUUAAUAAAUCAUCUUUGAAACCACAUCCUUUAAUUUUAGUGGAUUUACUGUUAAGAUUUAACAAAUCAUUCCAGUUUUUUUUUAAGCUACAAAGACAGAUUCUGGUCUGGCAAGUUUGGGUUUAGAGUCUGAAGUAAAUAAAAAAAAAAAGUUUAAAUUAAUUAAAGACAACAAUCUUUUUGAAAAAACCUCAGAUAAACUCACACUGAUGAACAAAAACUAGCAUUAAAUAAUAUUUAAAAUCUGGUGCUUAUGUUGUGUUUAUGUAUCAGAGGCAUAAAGAGUGGAGGUAAAUUACAGUAAAUAAACAGUUAAAAUGA